CCGCCGCCGCGCACGGUCCGCUCGUGCACGGUGCUGUCAUGUUCGGCACGUGGACGUUUGGCGCGUUUCUCCCGGCUCCGCUCGUGAACCAGCUGCUGUGAGAUGUUCUGACCAUGGCCAGAGGUCCGUUUCCAUGGGGACGCUUCCGAAAAGCUCCGCACGUGCAGGAAUCCACCCUCCCGUGAUCCCCGUUGCUGUAGCAACCACUUCCAUCCAGCUGACCAGAUUCUCACACCUACAUAUGAAGUACCUGUUCUUUUCCUGGCUCACGGUGUUUGUGGGCAGCUGGAUUGUGUAUGUGGAGUACUCGCUGUACACAGAACUGUGCCGUGGUCAUGAUUGCAAAAACUCAAUUUGUGACAAAUACAGAAAAGGAGUGAUUGCUGGUUCAGCGUGCAGGAGCCUGUGUGAGAAAGACACGCUUCAGCUGAGGAAGUGCCUCUCCGUCCAGCCUCACAGCCAGGUGUAUUCUGGUAGUUGGGGAGACCUGGAGGGCGUCCUGAAGUGCCACAUGGAUGAGGCCCUCCAUUAUGAUUUAGGAGAUGAGAAACUGACUGCGGCCUUCAACAAACUCACCAAGGGGACCUCCGUGGAGAAGUUCAAUGAGAUGAUCCUCAACUACUUAAAGACCAAAGUCGGGAACCAGCCCAGCCUCUCAGAUCUUGCAUCCCAAGUCCUGUUUAUAGCUGAUGCCAAUAAGGACAGCUACAUCUCCCUGCCUGAGGCUCGCACCAUGUGGGCUCUGCUGCAUCGCAAUGACUUCAUGCUGACAUUAUUCCUACAGGACAGAGAGCACAUGCCCAAGUUACUGGGCUUUUGUGGAGACUUGUAUAUGAUAGAGAAGGUGCCAUAUUCACCUUUGUAUGGAAUCAGCCUCCCCUGGCUUAUCGAGUUGUGGAUUCCUGCCAGCGUGCGUCACAGUAUGGACCAGUGGUUCACCCCAUCCUGGCCACACAAGGCAAAGAUCUCCAUUGGACUACUGGAACUGGUUGAGGAUAUCUUCCACGGCACAUUUGGCAGCUUCCUCAUGUGUGAUGUGAGUGCCUUCAGUUUUGGCUAUACAGACCGACAUGAUGUAAAGGUGAAGGAUGCCCGCCACAUUGUCCCUGAAAUCAGUUUUCAAGAAACCAUGAGACAGCAGCACUGCAAUGUGGAUGAAGACUGUCUCUAUGGGACAGACUGCCUCACUUCCUGUGAUCUCACCAAGCAUCGCUGCACAUCUGAGGUGGUCAGACCAAAUCUGGCCAAAGCUUGUGAUGCACUUAAAGACUAUAUUCUGAGGGGCGCACCAUCUGACGUGAGUGAGGAGCUUGAGAAGCAGCUGUACGCCUGCAUUGCACUGAAAGGCUCCACAGAACAGAUGGAAAUUGAGCACUCAUUAAUUCUGAACAAUCUCAAAACAUUACUGUGGAAAAAAAUAUCUCAUAUAAAAGACUCCUAACGAAUAAUACACACUGGAGGCACAAACUAUACAAGAUCAUAUUCUGAAGAACAGUGAACUCUGUGGACAGCAAGAAGCGUAAGUACCAUAUGGGCGCAUAUAGUAUUAUUCAACCUUACGUAGAUUAAAAAAAAAUAAACUCAGUGAUUCACUUGUCAAGAAGUGCCGCUUAUAUGUUGCAGAACUGUGGGGUCUACAAAAGUGCCCAAUUUGUGAACGCUGAUCACAGUCUUGACACACAGUCAAAGUUUGUGGUUUUGGUUAAAGACUCAGGCUGCCAUUUGCUUGGUGUCCCAAAUUUAUUCUGAAUUAACUUUAUU